ACAAUGAUUUCUUCUCGCCUCAGUCCCCCCCGCAGCCUGUCGUCACCAAUGAACUCGUCUGUUGGCGCGUAUGGCAGCACAUCAUGCCCCGAGCUGCACGCGCCCUUCGCUACGGAUUCAAGUCGCUGAGCAUGAAGAACCCCUCAUCUGCAAUGAAAGCACUGAUACAUGACGGCGGAACUGCAGGCUCGACUCCUGACCACUUUGCAUCAGACCUAGGCUUCUUCGAUGAUAGCCUUCCUUUUGAGACAAGAUCGAAUCGCGCCCCUGGAGUAUGCCAGCUAUCAAGCAGAUGGUCGUUCGCGCUGCACAGCCAUCCGAACCCGACUAAGCGACGAGAAUUCAAACAGCUUUUGUCACAGGUCAAUUGGUAUAUGCGGCAGCAUCACACGCGCUAUGGGUUCAUUUUGACAGACCGCGAGUUUGUGGCGAUUCGGCGGCUGGAUGGACCUGGGAAGGGGCAUUUGGAGCUGUCAGAUCCGGUUUCCUGGGAGGCUUCGGGCACAGUGUCUGACCCCCGACUGACGAUUCUUCUCGGGCUUUGGUAUCUGGGGAUGCUUGCUGCUGAUGAGGAGAAUUUUAGAUUGAUGUGCAGUUGUGGAUUCUGAUUGGCUAGAUUCUCGCUUCGGGCAC